UCAGUGCAAUGAGAAUGUGAGGAGGUAACAGGAGGUGGUGGGACUGACCCUUUGCUGAUGACUGUGGGUUGCAGACUGUUGACAUUAGGUUUAUUUUUCAGAGCUGCAGGCAGUAAGAGUUGAAUAAGGUCAGUGGCUGAGUUGACGCCAGUUUGUAAUGUGGGGGCCACUUUGUGGCGGUUUACUGGCCUUGCUGGACCCCAGUGGUCAGUCAUAAACAACAGACUUUUGUCCCCAUUAUUUACUGAUUUUAAAUGAAAUAUAAAAAAAAAUGAAGAGAUGCUCCAAACUCACCACUCUAUCCGGAAUGUAUUGUAGGCGACCUUUUUUUUUUAGUUUCCCUUUGCAUCAGGUUCUUCGUAAUGAUCGCGCUACCGUGUUCUGAACGGAAAAAAAAAUCAAAGCAUGUUUUUUUUUAAAGUUUUAACAGAGAAAGAAAGCAAGCAACCACAUAGAAGACAUAGUACCAGCUUACAGAAGCCAUGGGUGUUUUUAAACAACAAAGCAUUAUUCAGGGAAUGCUUAUAACACUGGAACACUGAUUGUAUUUACAUUUAUGAUUUUCGGUAUUGUCGGACAAGCACUUCCUUGUUCUAACUAUGAAUGAAAAUACAGAGUCAGCUCUCGACCCCAAUGAAGAUGACCUUCCUCUCAUGGCCAAUACUGGUUACAUGCUAGUCAGACACUAUGUGCUAGAUCUGGCAGUGAACUUCAACAGGAAAGUCAUCAACGGUACCAUUGUCCUCUUCCUAGAAACCAACCAAGCAUAUAAAAAUGUAUAUGACUCUGUGGGAACAGGUUGCUGUCCUCACUCACAGGCAUUAUUUGAAACUGAGCAACCUGGACUUUCAUGCAAUCCCACUGCAAGAGUUGCUGCUUGUUCAUCCGUGGAUAAGAUAUGCAAUCUAUCUAAGCAUAAUGGUGGCAGAGUUGCCAAUAUUAAUAGUUGUAACCAUAGCAACAAAGAGUGGGCUAGUGGGAUUUCUGGUACAAGGGAACAUUGCAGUGAUGGGGAGGAUUUUGUACUGGUGCUGGAUUGUUGUGAUCUUGUAGUGAGUAAGGUAGAAGAAGUGAAUGUCAUUGCUGCAGCAGGUAUUGAGAAACUGAUCAGAAUGGACAUGCCCAAGCCAGAAAAUGGCAUUUAUCCUCAGAGACUGCAGAGUGAUGUCCAGAGAAGCAUUGUGGAUGAUAUUUUCGGUUUAGCAGCAGAACGCUGGCAGGAACAGCAUUAUUAUUACCUCCAGUGCAGUCAAGCGCCUGGCUGUGGAGAACUCCAGUUCCAAACUGACAUGUGGAGCCUGAAAAUAAAGAAACUAGGAAUACAAACUCCUAAAGACUUCCCCCGUGUAUUGAGGAUCUGCUAUGAAACAAAGCUGGAGGGGGUUUCGGUGAGGUGGACCAAGGACCAAAGUGGCAGACCAUGCGUGUAUACAGCAGGAUCUCCUAUAAACAACAGAGCACUAUUUCCAUGUCAGGAGCCACCAGAAGCAAUGGCAACAUGGCAGGCCUCAGUUUGGGCCCCAAAAGGGUCUUUGGUUCUAAUGAGUGGUGAAAAUUGUGCUGAACCCAGUCAUAAUGGAGCUCUUUCAAAUUGGUCUUAUUACGUGACCAUGCCUAUGCCGGCAUCUACCUUUACCAUUGCAGUUGGAUACUGGGUUGAAGUUAAACCUGAAUGCACCUUUAGAUCCCAGAUACCUAGUCCAUCAUCUUUAUCCUCAACCUGUACAAAUAAGAGCAGUGUUUCCCUGCCAUCCUGUGGUCAUUCAGCCUAUCCUUGCCGUUUUCAAAACCCUAUUGCUCAAGCCCAGGAUUGGAUACCAUACCGUGUCUUUGCACCUGAUUGUCUGAAAUUAAGGAGCCAAGAGAUUCUGCUUCCACUGGUGGCUCCGUGCCUUUCAGCAGCUCAUUGCGUCCUAGGCACUCAUCCUUUCUCCAGGGUUGAUGUGCUGAUAGUCCCUGCUAGUUUUUCUAGUCUGGGAAUGGCCAGUCCACACAUCAUCUUCCUAUCGCAAUCUGUACUGUCUGGCAGAAAGCAUCUCUGUGGAGUACGAUUGUGCCAUGAAAUAGCUCAUGCCUGGUUUGGACUGGCUAUUGGUGCUCGUGAUUGGACUGAAGAGUGGAUAAGCGAAGGCUUUGCUACUUAUUUGGAGGAUGUGUUUUGGGCAAACGCACAGAAGCUCUCAGAAGAAGCAGCUAAAGAGCAGCACCAGCUAAAGUCCCUGUUGCGAUGGCGGAGGCUCCAAGACGAAGUUCAGAACUCGGAAGAAGAGUUGCAAGUGCUGAGGCCUAACAAAGAGAAUACCAGUGAAGUGAGUGACUCUGGGGCAACAAUUGUCAAACAUGGUCUAAAUCCAGGAAAAAUCUUUAUGCAAGUCCAUUAUCUAAAGGGUUAUUUUGUUCUUCAUUACCUUGAGAAUGAAGUUGGACAAAAACAAUUUCUGAAGUUUUUCAGGCUAUUUGUGGAGAGAUUUCAUGGGCAACUGAUACUUUCCCAGGAUUUUCUGCACAUGUUUAUGGAGAAGUUUUCAGAACUAAGAAGUCAAGGACUGUCCAUGGAAGCUGUUUAUCAAAACUGGCUGGAUGUAGCAGGAUUACCAAAGCCUCUUUUGGAUGACACUCUGAAGUGGACAGAGAGCCGACUGGUUCGCGAAGUGCAGGAUGAGGUCACAAAAUGGGUCGAGUUUAGUAAAAAGGACCGAAAAGGCUCCCGUAAAAGGAAGUGCAGCCGUAAGGACGUGGUGACUUUCAAAGAACUUUUGCCAGACCAGCUAGUGUUGCUCCUGGAAUUGCUGUUUGCAGUGAAGUCCUUGUCUUCCCGAACAUUGCAGUGGUUACAGAAGCAUUAUUGCCUCAGGGAGCAGGAUGCAGAGGUGCGCCAUCGCUGGUGUGAGCUGGUCAUUAAACAUAAAUACACAGUGGCAUAUGGGGACUUGAUAAAUUUUCUGGAACAGCAUCAGGCAAUGGGAGUCUAUCUCUAUGGGGAGUUGAUGGUUAAUGAAGAUGCUAGGCAGCAACAGCUGGUUCAUAGGUGCUUCAUCAAGCUUCAAGAAGAGAUGGACCCAUCCUUACAGAAGGUGGUAGCUGAAAUGAUAUUCUAGCCAAGCGAAAACCAAAGAGCAGGAUUAUGCAGAACUGAAAACUGUGUCAGUGCAGGACUCUUAGCACUGGGAACUUACUACUGGCAACAACUGCUGCGAAAACUCACUUCUUUUGCAAGCCUUCAUAGCUGUCAAUGUGAGAAGAUCUUCAUUUUUUUCCCCUUGUGGGUUGCAUUUGAAGACUCUGCUUUUGGACUGCAUGCUGAUGUAUAUCGUUGCCUUUGUAGAUAUUUAAAAUUAAAUUAUUAAUGCAGAUUCCUUACAGUCAUAGUUUUGAAAUAUCCAACUCUACACUGAAAUGUUCCUAAUCAAUUUUAGAAUGCGUUAUGCAGAAUGGACAGCAUCCAUUUUUGCCACUGUUUCAUUUGUAACCCAGUAGCAAUUUAGAUAAAACAGGCUACAGGUGAAAUUACAAAGCUAAAAUGUGCUGGAUUUCUAAGUAUGCAAAAUAUACAGUACCUUAUUGAAUGUUUAAGUGGUUUAAUAUAACUCACCUAAUUUGUGCUCUGGAACUAAAGUAUUUCAUCCUACAAAUUUUAUGAAUAAAUGGAUCUAAAUCAGGCAUAUGACAAAUAUGUUGCUUUUUAAA